GUUACCAUGGGAACAGACAUAAACGUUAACUAACGUUAGCCAGCAGAGUGGAGCUCUGAGGGAAAUCUACGUUUUACAAACCGGCUGGACUACAAGAACAAAAAACAAGUUUAUAUUACUUUUUAUUUCUCCUGCUUGUUAAUUUCACAUUUCUUUGGCGAUGUCCACUGCUGAAGUCCAGGAAACGACGGGAGACGAAGCUCAUAUGGAAUGUGGGGAUGCCGAAAUAACCUCUAUCAAAAAUGAAGUGGAUGCCACGAUAAAGGAUGGUGUCCGAGGAGACCAGGAAUAUCACAAAAAACUGGAAACCCCACUUGAAGAGAAAAGGGGGAAACCAUCGUUGCCACGAAUGACAAAGGAAUUCCUGAAAGACCACUGUAAGCUGAACAAACUUUACACAACACCUUGCCUGAAUGACACACUGUACCUGCAUUUCAAGGGUUUCUCCACCAUUGAGAACUUAGAGGAGUACACGGGACUGAAGUGUCUCUGGCUGGAAAGCAAUGGGCUUCAACGCAUUGAGAAUCUGGAAGCCCAGACUGACCUGCGCUGCUUGUUCCUUCAGCAGAACCUCAUACACAAGCUGGAAAACCUUGAACCUCUGAAAAAGCUCUGCACCCUGAAUGUCUCUAACAACUACAUAGAGAUCAUAGAGCGCAUCUCCUGCCUGUCUGACCUCAGCACCCUGCAGAUUGCCCACAACAAGCUGGAGACUGUGGGGGACAUAGAGCACCUGAGUCAGUGUCUGGCAAUCAGCGUGCUGGACAUGUCUCACAAUCUGUUAUACGACCCUGAGAUCCUCCCUGUGCUCGAGGCCAUGCCAGAGCUGCGAGUGUUAAAUCUAAUGGGAAAUGAGGUGGUGAAAAAAAUCCCCAACUACAGGAAGACCCUGAUUGUGCGCCUCAAGCAGCUCACCUUCCUCGAUGAUCGCCCUGUGUUCCCCAAAGACAGGGCGUGUGCAGAGGCGUGGGCGACUGGGGGGCUGGAAGGGGAGCGUGAAGAGAGGGAGCAGUGGGAAACACGAGAGAGGAGGAAAAUUCAGGACAGCUUGGACGGCAUUGCGAUGAUCCGAAAGAAGGCCCGGGAGAGACGGCGCCUUCGAGAGCUACAGGAGAGAGGGGAGACUGAGGUUUCUACCACUGCGGAGGAUCCGUGUGCUGAAAAUGACACCCAGAUCUCUCCACAAGGUGAGAAGAUCCAAGCCUUUGUGCAGGACAGCCUAGAUGCCCACGAGGAGUUCUUGCAGCGUCAAUCCACACAGGGGCCCAGUGAACAUCAGCCAAACAGUGGACUCCUAGAAGCGGAGCAGCCAGGUCAAAGAUUGCAGAGAGAGCAGUCAGAAGAAGAUGACCUGGACAAAUCAGAGGUAAAGCAGCCUGUGAGAGAAGAGAAAGAAGGGGUGUAUCCAGAGCUCCCAGCACAAGAGCAGGAAACCAUUACAGGAAAGAUAUUAGAAACAGAAAACGUAGAAGACAACCAACAACCACACCAGUCACGUGGAAUCAGGUUCAUGAUAAAUGAAGCGGAGAGAGAGCAGGCAAACACGAGUGACACGUUUGAAAAGAAAGAGCCUUCUCUGGUCAAGGCAGCUCCUCCUGAAGCGUAUGGCGCUGUGCCAGGACACGGCCCUGGACCACUGGUUACAGAGCUGCAGGACGCAGAGGAGCUGGAAACCAUUUACCUUCCACCACAUCGCUCACUGCGUAUCGAUGAUCUGCCCGAUCUAGAGGAUGUGGACACAGAAGACUUCACAGAGAUGUUCUCCUCUCAGCAAGUGUUCAAACCAAAAAUAGAGGUCAUAUCAGGAGGAAGUGAUGAGGAUGAACCAACUGGGAAUCAGAGUGAGGGCAACCCCGCCUUUGGUCCAGAUCAAAAGUCUUUGUUCUCAAUGAGCGGCUGCGACAGAUCUAGAAAGUCUUCAUCAUUGGUGUAUCCAGAGGAUGGGGAUGCCCUUGAGCCGCUCACUUCUGAACCAGUGGGAGAGUCCGAAACUAAGCAAACCUCCUCUCCACCACGCUGCCUGAUUGAGGAGCUGGAUUGAUGCAGUCUCACAGGACACAUUUUAAAUGAAAUGUCUUAAUGCUGAUAGGCAAUAGAC